GGUUCACGCGGACAUUGAGCGCGCGCCACCGCGAGCGCUCACACGGCUCUGAGCUGUGAAUAAAGACGAGGAGCGGCUGCGGACGGGCUGGAAACGAUGAAGAAAUUCGGCAGAAAAUAAGUUUGACGGAGAGUGUCCGCUGAGGAGGCCUGAAGUCUGGUGGUUUCUCCUGCGGGGAGAGCCUCUCAGCAUCUCCCCAAAGAGCCGCAGCACAGACGGCGCGUUUUAUCUUUGCUGGCUGUUCGGAGACCUUGUUUGCUCUCGGCCAGGUGUUCAAAGAAUUAUCCAGCCAGCCCUGCUGAUGGCAAAGAUGAGCUGGGCUGCUGGUACUCAGUGUGUAGCCAAGGGGGAUCACAAAAAACCCAAACCUGGAGAACUGCUGUACCGCAAAGGAGACAUCCUCACUAUUGUUGACACAACCACGAAGAAGGGAUACUACAGAGCCAGACACAACACCACAGGAGAAGAAGGAAUCAUCAACGCCACCAAUGUGCGUGAAAGAGAGGCUCUGCGAGUCGACCCCAGCCUCAGUCUCAUGCCCUGGUUUCACGGAAAGAUCUCCGGUCCAGAAGCUGUGUCUAAGCUACAGCCAGCCGAGGAUGGCCUGUUCCUGGUGCGAGAGAGCAUCCGCCAUCCCGGCGACUACGUCCUGUGCGUGAGCGUCUCCGGAGAGGUCAUUCACUACAGGGUGAUUUAUCAGGACAACAAGCUGACCAUCGAUAAAACACAGUAUUUCUACAACCUCAUCGAUAUGAUAGAGUUCUAUUCAAAGAACAAAGGCUCGAUCGCUACGACUCUUCUGAAGCCCAAACAGAAACAGGGAACCAAGUCAGCUGAGUUGGAGCUGUCUAAAAAUGGAUGGCUGUUGGACAUUGAGAAGCUCACUCUGGGAGAGAAUAUUGGUGAAGGGGAGUUUGGUGCUGUUUAUGAAGGGGUGUACAUGGGCCAGAGGGUGGCAGUGAAGACCAUUAAAUGUGAUGUCACAGCUCAGGCGUUCCUGCAGGAGACCACGGUUAUGACGAAGCUGCAGCAUAAAAAUCUGGUGCGGCUGUUGGGAGUCAUCCUUCACAAAGGGCUUCACAUUGUCACAGAGCUCAUGACAAAGGGAAACCUCGUUAACUUUCUCAGGACACGGGGGCGUUCAGUUGUAAACUCUGUUCAGCUGCUUCGCUUUUCUCUUGAUGUGUGUGAAGGGAUGGAGUACCUGGAGUCAAAGAAGCUGGUUCACAGAGAUCUGGCAGCUCGUAAUGUCCUAAUUUCUGAUGACAAUGUAGCCAAGGUGAGCGACUUCGGCCUAACCAAAGUGGAUUCCAAGGUGUCAGAUAAAGCCAAACUGCCGGUGAAAUGGACGGCACCUGAAGCGCUGAAGAAAGAGAAAUUCAGCACAAAGUCAGAUGUUUGGAGUUACGGCAUUCUUCUGUGGGAGAUCUUCUCAUACGGUCGUCAGCCUUACCCCAAGAUGUCUCUGCAGGAGGUGAAAGACAAAGUGGAACAAGGCUAUCGCAUGGAAGCUCCAGAAGACUGUCCUCCAAGUGUUUACUCCCUGAUGAGGCUUUGCUGGGAGCAGGAACCUCGGAAAAGACCCGGAUUUCACAAGCUGAGGGAGAAACUUGACCGAGAGAUGGAAAAACUCAGCCCGGGCUCUGGGUCAAAGUCUCAAGAUCAGACCGGAUCUUGAUCCUGAAUUACUGCCCUGCAGUCUGGGAUACAAAUACAAGCUGUUGGACCGUUGAGUUUUAGAGCCACAAGAGUUUUCCUGAGGGAAAAGACAGUGAACUCUGAUCAUGAAUGUAUGUGAUGCAAGAUGGUUGGAGCCAUGACUACACCAAACUUCACCUUUUGGCUCUCGAUGGCCUACCUAACCUGAUAAACUACAGAAUAAACCGUGAAACGCUUGACUUUUGUCAUGACAGCUGUUGGAUGGAUUGCAAUAAUAUUUAGUGCAGAUAUUUAUGUUCCUCUCAGGAUGGAUUGUAAUAAUUUUGGUAAACCCUUAAAGCAACACUAUGUACAUUUUGCAGAGCAGUAACAACAGAGCGGUGUUUACAGGAUUCAGCCUGUCUGAGUUUCUGCUUCUUUUAUAGCCGGUUGUCAGUUUUAGGGGUUUUGAAAGAAUAUGUGUACUCCGAGUCCAGAUUAAGCAGCUUUCACUGUCCACAGAAAGAGGACAGGAGCUUUCAGGUCACAUGACUAAGAGGACACAAACAGAUAAUAAAAUAUCUGUGCAGGGACGAGACUGUGACUCUGAUGUACCUGUAAGGAGCUCGAUCCAUUUGGUUGCUCUUCAUUAUACAGGCACUGAUUUAUGGUGCAAUUUUCCCCAAAUUUGUCAUUUCUUUCUGAAAUUAGGUUUCAGUAUUUGAAAUACAUGAGUAUUUACUUCCAGUAGAAAAAGAAAAUAACAACUUUAAGAUUUUUUUAAUGGGUGCCUUUAGAGAUUUUUAAGAAAUUCUACUUUAUUAGGGACCAAAUAAUAUCUUUGGGGGUCGUAGAGGAAAGGACAAAUGCUGUUAUAGUCAAUUAUUGUUACGGGCUAAGCUAACUUUCAAAAGCAGCUUUGGCCUGCUCUCUUAUUUAUAAUCCUAUAGUCUUAUAAUAUAAUCUUAUCUAUCUUAUCUUUUAAGAUAGCUCCUGAAACACCACUUAAUUGGUCAGAGUAAUUUUUUUCUUCCAUUUUUGUUGAUUUUUGUCUUUUAGGCCUUCAUGCAUUACUCAUCAGCCAUUUCCGGUCUGAAACAUCUCUUCUAACUGGGAGUGCAUGCCAAACCUGUAAACACAACUCAAGCAUAUUAAAGAGAAAUAAUGUGCGAUUACAGAGUAACAACGGGAAACCUUCACAACACGAGGAACUCAUUACAUUUCUUUUCAAAGGGACUCAAGAAUUUAAAUCAGCAAAUGGAAAUUAGACCCUAAAUUCAGAAAAAUCAUAUUUUUAAAUGUAUAGAACAACUGCAUGUGUUUCUUUCAUGUUCUAUUUAUUAAAGUGCACAUAUGACUUGUUUUUCACCACGUGAUUGUCAGCUUUUAUUUUUUUAUUUUUUAUGGGAAAGAGAUUUCUUGGUAUUACUAAAAGCAAAUCUUAGAGCAAAAUGAAGCCUCUUUUUGGAUUGUUGUUGUGUCACACGACCAAAUUAAAGAUGUCAUUUGAUUUAAGUCUCGGUAAGCCUGGUAUUGUCCCAAGAGACGAAUCGCAAAUUGAGGCUUGAUCCUUGGUCUCUUGUUAUCCUUGUUAUCCUCCGCGAUUUGUUCAAUCUGCUCUGCGAUGUUCAAUCUGCUCUGUGUAACGGGAUGAGCAGCAAUUUUCUGCGAAAGGAUUUAUAAAA